AUGCCUCCCGUCGAAAGCAGUCUUAUUUGCAUCGUCCACGGUGGAUGGCAUCAACCACUGCACUACCGCCAUCUCAUUGAGGCCCUCACCGCCAAAGGACAUACCGUGGUGUGUCCCCAGCUUGCGACUUCAGGCUACGAUGACGCCGUCCAGAAAAAGAAUUAUCACGAUGAUGUUGCACGCGUACACGAAUCACUUUUGCCGUACCUUGAUCAAGGGCGUAAGGCUGUGGUCAUUGGGCACAGUUUCGGUGGCAUAACCGCCACCGCCGCGACCUCGGGUCACACCGUUGAGGAGCGUACAGCCAAGGGGCUCUUGGGCGGGAUCUCGUCUUUGAUCUACAUCUCAGCGUAUCCUGAUCAUACCAAACCCAUCUUAUCAUGUGCUUUGGCCGAUCCAGAGAAACCCGUGAUUGACCCUGUAACGCAAAUUUGGACGCAUCAAGGCGCAGCUGAAAUACUGUAUCACGAUUCUGAUCCCGACAAGCUGCAGCCUGCCCUGGCCCAGCUUUUACGUCUCAGUGGCAAGGCGCUGACGUGCGAACCCAUCUGCACAGCUCCGCAGGUGAAAACUGACAAGUAUUUUCUCGUCAGCAAGAAUGACCGUAUUAUUCCUGCCGACUACCAACGAGAGUGUGCAGAGUAUGCCGGGGCAACCAUCACUGAGUUGGACUGCGGUCACUCUGCGUUUCUUCGUAGUACAGAAGUCGAAAGGAUUGUUGACUUUGUCGGAGAUGUGCUAGGUAAAGCUAAAUAG